AAAGUUAUGUCUCUUGAAAAUGAAAUCUAUCAAAAUUGUAUGGUUUCCCCUUAAAAAUAAAAUAUAUAAAAGACUUUUUUCUGAAAAUUACAAACGGAAUCGAAAGUUAGGUUAUGUUUGGGCCAAGUUUACAAAGUAUUUUAUUGGAAUUGAAAACGAUGCUUUUAUUUUACUUUGGCGGUAAAUAGUAAGAAAAACAGUGAGGAAAAACAACACAGGAUGAUUAUUCCCAUCAGAAGAGAUGCGAAUGGAGUGGCAGAAUGGGCGAUGAUCGAACUUCACGGAGAUUUGAAAGAAUCGCCAGAAUUCAAAACCAAAAUACACAUAGGAGAUCUUUGUUACAAUAAAUCUGGCACUGCUACACUAAUUAUUGGAAAUCACAUUUUAAGUGGAAAAGAAACGUCCAUGGACAAACCCAUCGCAGUUUUGGAAAAGAAAAUUCAUAGCGAAAACUCUACUGAUAAUAUUGAUUGUGAUACGGAUUAUACAGUAAUUGCAAUUAUUAGAAAGAAGCUACUCUUCAAAGGAAGGCCAAAACCAAUUACUGUUAAUGUUCCAAAGUCAGUCAAAUAAUUCUUUUCAACUUUGCCUAGUUAAUAAGGCAAAAUAAAUAUUUUUUUUUACUUUUAUAU